UUUUUCCCCCUUGUUCCUCGCCACGAUCAAGUCUGAAAUAAUUAAGUGAAACGUAAAAGUGCAAAGGGCGCGCGGGACCCUGAUAAACAGGAGUCAAAUUUCAUAAGGGGGUGGAUGAGUGUGUGUGAGAGAGAGAGAGAAAUGAAUCUCAAAGGCCAAACACGGGCCAGAGUCGGAAGCCGGAGGGUGAGCCGGGCUGACCUGACUCCGAGCUUUCCCGGAGUUAAUUCGCGGAGGAGUUCGCUCCCCCCGCAAGGGCACGCGACGCCAGCGGGCAGCCAGCCCCCGCGCGGAAUGGCUCCUGAACAACUUAUUUCACCUCCUUUAAAAGAGGGUGAUAAAGCGCGCUUUCUCUUUCCGCCGACUCCAAACCGCCGCGGCAGGCGCGCGGCGGGGCGACGUCCUCCGCGCCGUCUGGACCCCUGCACACCCGCGCGCGGGCACCGGGGAGAGGGACAAAGAGUUUGGGCCAAGUUUGAGCUCCGGGCACUGCCAGGCUCGGGGGAAGGAAGGUCCCCCGGGCGGACACCUGGGUGCCGAAGGUGGAGCAAGGAGAAAAAGCUACCCGGCGAAUUCACGACCCUGGGGAUGGUGGUCGGCGGUAGGGGGGGUGGCGGCGGCCAAUUCCGGCCCAGCGAGUGGCAGGCGAGCUGGGGCUCCGGAAGGCAGGCCUUUCUCGCUCCGAAGUAAAGCCAACCGUCCUGCCGGUCCACCCGGGUUCCCGCAGUCCCCCUGGAAAACUCCUUCCCCUCUUGCACCAAACUUUGCGCCCGGCUUUGCAACCUCCCGAGGAGGCUGCGGCGCAGGAAGGGUUAAGACUGCCAGUCCCAGCUGACAGUCAGCUGAUUGGGCCCUGAUUGACAGCUCGGAAAAGUUUCCUUGUUUCUAUAUUAUGCUAAUCGCGACCGCUCUCGCCGCCUCCCAUUGGUCUGGAGUACCAGUCAAUUUCCCUUUUGGGCCUGACGUCACAAGUGCUAUAAAACUCAGCAAUUGCUUUAAACUCUUCUUGCUGGAUCAGAGGCUUUAAAAUCUUUAUUUCAUCUUCGAGCUGUAGCUCGGGCUGCUCGUCGGCUCGGCCUCUCCCCUUUUGCUCUCCGCCUCGCCUUUUCCCCAGGACUUCGCUAUUUCGCUUUAAAAAAAAAAAAAAGAGACAAGAAAGAACUCCGCUCCCCCCUCCCUUUCCUCCAGCCCGGCUGCACCUCUGUCUUGCACUUUGCACGGAGGGAGGAAGACCGCGAGGUUGAGAGAGAGAGAGAGAGGAAAGAAAAAAAAAAAAAAGCCAGGCAGAAGAGGAGGCGAGAAGCAUGAAGUGUUAACUCCCCCGUGCCAAGGCCCGCGCCGCCCGGACAGCGGCCCGCCGCGCCUCCAGCCCGGAGCGGCCGCCGCGCGCGCCCCGCCUGCAGCCCGGGCCGGUGAGGCGAGCACUCCUUAUGCAAAACGCGCAGCGGAGCGGCGAGCGGGGGACGCCGCGCACCCAGCCGGGCUCUUCUGGCUUCGCCGCCGCCGCCGCCGCAGCCCGCAGAGGACCUUCCCGAGCCUGAAGCCGCCGGCUCGGCGCGCUAGGAGGCGAGCAGGCGAGGAGGGGCCGGGGCGAGCGAGCAAGCACAUUGGCGUGAGCAGGGGGGAGGGAGGGCGGGCGCGGGGGGCGCGGGCAGGGCGGGGGGUGUGUGUGCGCGCUCGGAGGUUUCGGGCCAGCCACCGCCGCGCGAGCUAGAAGCGCCCCAGCCCGGCAAGCUGGCUCACCCGCUGGCCACCCAGCACAGCCCGCUGGCCCCUCUCCUGCAGCCCAUCUGGCGGAGCGGCGGCGGCGGCGGCGGCGGCAGGAGAAUGGCAUCAGAACUGGCAAUGAGCAACUCCGACCUGCCCACCAGUCCCCUGGCCAUGGAAUAUGUUAAUGACUUCGAUCUGAUGAAGUUUGAAGUGAAAAAGGAACCGGUGGAGACCGACCGCAUCAUCAGCCAGUGUGGCCGUCUCAUCGCCGGGGGCUCGCUGUCCUCCACCCCCAUGAGCACGCCGUGCAGCUCGGUGCCCCCUUCCCCCAGCUUCUCGGCGCCCAGCCCGGGCUCGGGCAGCGAGCAGAAGGCGCACCUGGAAGACUACUACUGGAUGACCGGCUACCCGCAGCAGCUGAACCCCGAGGCGCUGGGCUUCAGCCCCGAGGACGCGGUCGAGGCGCUCAUCAGCAACAGCCACCAGCUCCAGGGCGGCUUCGAUGGCUACGGGCGCGGGGCGCAGCAGCUGGCCUCGGCGGCCGGGGCCGGCGCCGGCGCCUCCCUGGGCGGCAGCGGCGAGGAGAUGGGCCCCGCCGCCGCCGUGGUGUCCGCCGUGAUCGCCGCGGCCGCCGCGCAGAGCGGCGCGGGCCCGCACUACCACCACCACCACCACCACCACGCCGCCGGCCACCACCAUCACCCGACGGCCGGCGCGCCCGGCGCCGCGGGCAGCGCGUCCGCCUCGGCCGGUGGCGCGGGCGGCUCGGGCGGCGGCGGCCCGGCCAGCGCCGGGGGCGGCGGCGGCGGCGGCGGCGGAGGCGGCGGCGGCGGCGGCGGCGGGGGCGCGGCGGGGGCGGGGGGCGCCCUGCACCCGCACCACGCCGCCGGCGGCCUGCACUUCGACGACCGCUUCUCCGACGAGCAGCUGGUGACCAUGUCGGUGCGCGAGCUGAACCGGCAGCUGCGCGGGGUCAGCAAGGAGGAGGUGAUCCGGCUGAAGCAGAAGAGGCGGACCCUGAAAAACCGCGGCUAUGCCCAGUCCUGCCGCUUCAAGAGGGUGCAGCAGAGGCACGUCCUGGAGUCCGAGAAGAACCAGCUGCUGCAGCAGGUCGACCACCUCAAGCAGGAGAUCUCCAGGCUGGUGCGCGAGAGGGACGCGUACAAGGAGAAAUACGAGAAGCUGGUGAGCAGCGGCUUCCGAGAAAACGGCUCGAGCAGCGACAACCCGUCCUCUCCCGAAUUUUUCAUGUACCCAAGGGAAUCCUCUACAUCAGUGAUGUGAAAAAUCCUGUUGCCUGAAGUCAAAGAGAAAGUAUGAUGCUGGCAUGCUAAUUGCGUGAGACAACUCGGCCCGCAGACAGCCACAAAGCACAAAAACAAAACAAAACUCAGAGAAGAAACGAGAAUGGUGUUUUCCUGGCGUCUACAAGAAGCGCUUUAUUUUUCCUCUAGAUUGCUUUUCUAAAAAAACAAAACAAGACAAAAAACAAAACUGAAACAAACAUUUAAAGGAACAAGACAAAAAACUUCAGGUGAUACUAUUCAAGCAUGUUCUUUUAUUAAGCGUAGGAUGAGAGGAACAAGAGGACAUUGAAGCAGGAUGCUGAACAGACACACUGAGGGGCUGUGAACCUCCGCGAUGGCGUUGUUUCCCGAAACCGUGAGUGAAGAAUGGAGGGAACAGCUUUUUAAUCCCCCGUCCCCAAAAUAUCCUGUAAGGGCGCAAGACUUCCUUUCCUGCCUGUCGAGGUUAUCUAGGGAAUGAUUUGCAAAAUUUGUUUGUUAUAAUUGCUAAAGAAUCUUUUGUAUGGCUUUGGCCAGGGAGUUGGUGGACCAGUACUUGGUGACCCACUAAUUGUGUGUAUCCCACCCAUUUCUAAGCGUCACCUCCAUCUUGGCUGGAACAAGGUUCAGAAGGUCCUCUCUCCAGUAGUUGCCAAGCCCGCUCCGACUUGAUCAGGCUGAAGGAAACGGUUAUCUCCUGGAUCAGUGCAGCGAAGGAUAAAUACUGGCUUUUUUCUUCCCUAAAUAGGAGAAAGCCAGCUCCUGGCUACACUGUGGCUACGGCGGCUGUGCCUGGUGCGGGGCAGUGGGGCACCAGGCUGUCCUACACGGUGAGAACUGCUCGUGCUUCUACCGAGAGACGAAGAACCUACCGAGCAACUAAGCUUAACUUUCAAGCAGGCCAUCACCAGGGGAGCAGAGGGACCCAAGCCUAACCCAGCCCCAGAAAAGACGUAUUGUCCCUUUACCCCCAGAAUUCCCUGCUUCCUGUUGGUACCUAACAUUUUUCGCUCUGUUGUGACUACUCUUAUAUCCUUGACUCUGGCGGAUCUGGGUCGGAGGGACAUGGAAAGCCCUGGGAUGAUCAGUUGGAAGGGGUCCAGCGUUGGCAGUUACGCCCGAGCACUCACGAAUGGUGGGCACGUGUGCUGAUCCUUGCUAAGUGCCCACUUAGCCGGACGGGCUGCCAAGUCCUUCCUGGAUCAGCCUCUCGCUGAGCGCCCACAGGGCCCGGGCCGUGUCUUCGCUCUGGGCUUCCGUCGAGGGCAGGCAGCGGCAGCAGUUGUUGAAGUACAUCCCUCCCAGACCCUCCAGUUCCGGGGCGGCAGCACAGUAGACGGUGGUGGCGGCUCCUUGUUGCUGGAAAGCAAAGAACAAAGACCACGGAACGUUUUUUUAACUGGGAAUGAGCAAGAGCCUCUCCUCACCUGGUUCAGAUGCAUCUGGAUCUCAGCACGGCCGAGGGUACUGAACUCAAAGCACGUGACUGUAAAAGGUAGGAUGGGACCAUCCUGGGAAAACGAGUUCAUAAACUCCGCUCGUAAAGCCAGUGUGACUUUUUACACUUCAUAUAGGAAAAGGCUUUGAAAACAGACAGACACGUCUAUCAGUUAAUCACAUCAGAUGUCUCUUCUGAGCAACGAGAAGAAGAUGGGAUCCUUUUGAACACGCGAGAACAAAUUCAUCCCACUUCCUCACUUCUCAAAGCAUAAUGUCAUUUGACACCGAGAAGUUUCUAGAAACUUCUCUCUGAACUAAACCAACCACUCUAAUCAUGGCCCAUCAGGUAGAAAACCAAGCGGAACUGGUGCCAGAUUUUUCCUUAUUCGUUGCCCGUGGGGCUGCUAGAGGAAGGGUUUGUGAUGCCGUGUUAAAAUGUUUGAGACACACGUAUACACAUAUUCCCCACCAUCACACGUGCCUCAUGCACACAGAAGACACGUUUGUGAGUUUAUCCUUAUCCUGGAGACCUUUUUGUAAGAAGUGUCAUAUUCAGCCCAUACUUGGCAAUGGGACCGUGGCUUGGGGGGGCCAUGUCCUCCCAGCCCCCUUCAAAAACGCAAGUUGUAAUGAGUGCAAUUGAUCACUUGCAAUUGACCUUUUGAGUAGCAGUUGGCGCUGUGGCUAGGGGUGUGUGUGCCGGUGGGGCACCAUAUCAUCCGGGCUGACAGAACGCUGUCAGGGAUGCUGGAAAGAGGGCAAGAAAUCACUUUGCUUUGCAAGCCAUAAUUAAAGAUAAUAGGCUGGUGUUCAUAGGGAGACACCGUUGGCACGGCUCUCAUUUAAAACCAACACAGUUUAUCUGGCGUCUUAUAUGUGCAUUACAGCCCUUGCUGCGUCAACUAAUUAUCAGUUGAUAGAGAAGGGGGGCUGGGAGGCAGAGGAGGAUGGAGAAAGAUAACUGGGGAUAAGGCCACCAUUAGGAAAACAUUAAGGACAUCUAAUUGAGAGGGAAGUGAGUUUCCAUCCCCACCCAAAAGCUUACUCUUUUUCUCCCCCUACAGGUUUAAAUUGUGCCCAAGCAGAGAGCUUACUGGAGAGCAUCCCCCCCAUAGGGUUUGGUUUGCAUUCACCAUGGUUGUUUCGUAUAAGCAUUGGGAGCCAAGGUCAUUCUGAGAAUCAAGGUCUCAAGGUAUUAUAAAUUUUAGGAAAGUACUAUAAAGUAGACUUGGGGUUUUUGUUGCAGGGGGACAUUUAUUGAAUUUCUCUGAAAACCAAAUGGUCGAAUACAUUGAAGUGACAUGCUUGUGCAGAGGAGGGUGGCGUGGAGUGGGAAUGGGACACUUGAGUUCUGAUAAUAACGGGCUGCUUGACUGUAUUGGACAAGACCCUUUGGUCCAAAAUUUGAACCCCUGACGUGACUUCGCUUUAACGAAAUAGUAAUUCGGUGUGUUAUUUCCCCAGCCCUCUCACCCAUGCCCACUCCCCAAAUAGCCGAUUGUUUAUUUUCUUGGGUUCACCUGUUUCUUUUCAACUUGAUUUGUGUGGCUCAGGUCUAAUGGACAUGAGCCCGUGUCAUCCAAAUUUCCUUUCACUGAAUUAUUAUUCCUAAUACCCCUUAGCUUAGCACAUUUAUCUAACGAAUUUCCAGUGUCUUAUCUGACUCCCCUGAAUCCCAUGUGGGGAAAAAAGGCAAGCAAAGCACCUCUAAAGACAAAUGGAAGACUUGAGAUGCUCAUCUCGCCAACCCAAGCAAAUAUCAUCUUGGCCUCAAUUCUUAGCAGAUGUCAGGUGGAGAUGGUGUUUUGAAUAAUUUUCUGGAUAUCUGUUUUCGAUUUCCAUUUUACUUUGCAACUGCCAAAACCACCAAAGAGUGGUCAGGGCCCUUUGGCAUCAGCUCUCAAGUGGUGGGAGAAGCCAGUCAGCUCAUUCCUAAAUCCAGGCCCCCUCAACCCCACCCCAGAGUGGUUAUAGUAUCAGCAUUCAUACAUCACAACAAACUGGCCUUUCACAGCUCCACCAAUCCUGAGAAAAGAUCAAAGUUGGCCACUUGGGAAAGCAACAAAUGGAAUUCUUCCCAACCCAGUGUAAUCUUUUGCCACUCUGACCUUCUAAAAAUGAUACCAAUGCUGCACUCUCUUGCAUUGUUGGAAUGGUAUUUUUGCAGAGAAAUUCUGCGCUUACAUUGAUUCAGAAUCGAGUUGAUGAGGGAGCCGGGGGGCAUGGAUUUUCCCUCCACGGAAUGUGAAAGCAAUUGCAAUCGACCUCAUUUCAUGUAAACCGCCACUUGGCUACCAUGCUGAAAAACCAUGAAGUUGAGUAAAGCCCAAUCUUUUAUCAAGAGCUGGCUUUGAUUCUUUUGCCACUAGGCUCAGGGUGAUACACAAUUUAAGUCUCAUCACCAGCGGUGCUGACUCUGUAGAAGAACACAGUACAGCAGGGCACCUGAAAGCAAAGACCACCUUCUCCACUCCGAAGAUCAACUGUGCACAUUUGGCAAAGAAAGACUGGACCGUGAAGUAGUGACAACGUCUUUUCGUCCCAAGCCCACGACCCUUUCGGCUUCUCAGGGAACGCUCUUUUCAGCUGCACCCAUGGCAGCCUCUGAGUGACAUCUUUAUAUGAGCAGGUGGGAUGACGGUUUAAUAACAAGUUCUAAUUUGGGGCUCAUCAGCUUUUCGGCCUAUCAAUCACCAGAAUGAGGUGGAGUCACAUUAGGAAAUCUCAUUAGUAAAUAAGCUGGUACUGCUGAUACAAGAGAAGACAUUUUUAAACUGAUAGAAGAAAAAUUUUUAAAGAGCACUUUCAUCACCAUCAAAUGACUUUCCUGCCACUUUGGGGGGCAUCAGUCCGUAAUCCAGAAAAAAAUGAAAGAGCCCUAUCAAGGAAAUGACGUUAACAGCAAACAACUCUGUUAUAAAAUAUCCGCCUUGCUGGUUGGCACCACUGCUUACUGAUCCGUCGUGAUAAGAUAAUAGCAAUAUCUUGACAUAUAAACACUAGCUGGAGCUGUGGGUUCCCCUCAGCGAUUUUUUAAGAACAAAUUCAUGGGAAGCCUGGAGGCUGCAUGCCGUUGCUGAUCAUGGGAACCGGGGUGGCGACUCUAUCCUGUAGCGGUGGCAGUGAGUUAGGGUGCGGAUCACACGGGGCCGAGGAUUUCUGGGAAGCCCAGUAGAAUCUUUAAUCACGCCUGAAUGCCAUUUCUGAUUUAGUCAAACAUGUGCGAGCUGCCAAAGGAGAACUACGCCAUCAAUCUUUAUAGCGUCUGUAAAAUUACCCAGGAUUCUUGUUUGGGAUUAAGUUAAGAGCAUCUGGGUAAUAAGGGGGUUCAUCAUUCUCUUUCAGAAAUCAUUUGUCGGAUGAGCGGCACAGUCUUCAACUACAGAAAGGUGGGAUUUAGAAAGCAGUUACUGUUCAUUUAUCGUUGGGGCCCUGAGAUCUAAAUCAUCCAUCCUUCCAAAGCCCUUGGUUGGGAUGAAACGGUGACGGAGCUGCGUUCCAUCAACAUUUACUCGAUAACCACUAGCCAUCAAUUUGCAGCUGUCCGCACAGACUCCAAAUGAAUAUUGACUCUUUGCAAGAGAAAGGUACAGGGGUUUCUGAUCAACAAUCUAGGCUUAAGGAAAAAUCCACCCACAUGUUAAUAUUUGUAAUGCAUUGGUAGGUAUUCUAAUAUAACUUACGCUUUAAUAAGGACACAUGUUACACAAUUAUGUUUAGUUUUCAGGUUUCUCUACUUUUAAAAUGCAUGCUUCUUUAAAAAAGAAAGAAUAAAUUCCUGUCUUAAAAUAGAUUUAACUCUGAGACACAUAAAAAAGUAGACACACUACCAUGGGAUAUCUGUAUAUUCAGUGAUUUUUGAGAGUAGCAGAUGUCCUAAGAUUGCUUUCCUACAGACACGUCGGUAUCGGGACACUGCACAGCAAAUGCUGAGUGAAUCAAUCUAUGCAAAAAGUGGAGUGGAGUAAGGGAAGGCAGCACAGAACUUACACUGGACUUGGAACCCCACGGGCAGGGAAGGAGAACGUCCCUUCUGGAAGCGGGCACUGAUGAUGGUGCUGAAUUCCCGGGACAGAGAAGUUUGCAGGUGUCACAGGAAGAGAAGACAGGUGUCUCUUCGAACCCUCAAAGCUUUCCCUGUUACUCAUCUGGGGUCUGUGAGGCAAAGCAAACCAUUUCCAAGUGCAGAACUGAUGCAACGCCCCGGUGAGUACAGCAGAAUCAUUUAUCCCGGAGCCUUGGUGGAGAUGGGGCAGUGAGUGCAGGUGCCAUGGGGGGACUGAUGGCCGCCCUCUCAGUCUCUUCACGUCUCCCAAUAACCCUCCCCAAAGAGAGUCUUCAGCUACCCUACUGGAAACGUGCGACGCGGUGUCUGUCUCAGGGUUCAUCUCCUGAGACUGGGGUGCCUGGAGCACAGCUGUUCUCAGCAAUAGGACGGUUUAAAUCUCUGAUUUGAGAGAAAAAAGCAAAGCAAGCUGCUCCAAAAGGUUACGUGUUCCCUACUCACCACUCGUGUGACCACAACCAACCCCUCGCCCUCCUGCCUGGGUGUGGAAUGAGUGCAAAUCAAUAACAUACCAACUUCCGCCAAAAUGAUGCGAGACGGGAGACGACAGAGAACGUGCCUCGCAAGGACCCUUUUCCUCCACACUGUCGAGCUUUUCUAGUGAGUCGUUGCGUACGGGGACUGUGUAAGUGGUAACGAUGGCCAGCAUCUCCUGCGAGCUUGCCAUUGCUCUGGCACUGUGCAGAAAGCUUUGUAAGCACCAUAAUCUAACCCGCACACAGCUCUACCAGCCAGGGACGAUCAUUAUCCCCAUUUACAGGGAAGCCUACUUAGUACCAGAGCUCAAAAGCAACUCGUCCAAAGCCACACAGAUCAUCACACAGAUUGACCCUCCAGAAUCCAUGCCAGAUGCAGUACAAAACCUCCUUCCCAAACUUGCGACACAAAUUGGCAGGCUGCCCAUUCCCUGUGUCUCCCGUUUGGCUGAAGCUACCUUAGGAGGAGUCUUCCUUCCCUUCUCAGCCAGGCCACGUCUGGCCACAGUGUGGCUGAAAAUUAAAUGGAUGGGCUGUACGUUUAAUUUUUUAAAAACGGGCUGUCAUGUGCUCACCUGAGAAAUGUUGGGAGGAGAUUUUCCCAUUGUUGAUUUAGGCAGUGAACUAAAUUGAAAUUAUAUCCAUUUGGAUUAACAAAAAUGAAGACCCAGCGCCACCUCAAAAGAUCCAAUGGCAAGUGACCCUUAACAAAACCAUCACCUGAUUCAAAAUGCCACCUCCAGGUGCCAGAUGGGACCAGCUGUGAACCUACUACUCCUGGACGAUCGACUUUUUUUCAAAGCGUGAACGGAAGCACAUCAAAACCAGUGAAACCCCGAGCGAUCUCCAUCUUAUAAAUUCACACACGUGUACAAUGAAUACGGCCUUUUGGAGGAUAAUAUCUGACGUGUUACAUCAGGUUUGCAGAGGAAACUGAUCGACCUCCCUCUCCUGCCCUCCCUCAAUUAAUUCCUGAGAAAUUAAUUCCUGCAAAUUCCUAAGAAGUGAUUCCUACGAAGGCGUCAAACAAUAUAGGCUUAGGUACCUGCAAAUACUUCUUGUAGAUAUCGUAAUAGAACUUUCUUCAUAGCCCUCGGGAGUUUUGCUCACAGGCUGUUCUUAGCAUUUAUUACAGAAGGGAAAUCCACUCAAUUUCUCAAGUAGAAAAAGUGAAGAGGGUCGGGAAAGCGGAUAUUUGUUUUUAACUGAGGAGGCUGGGAAAGUCUUCGAGAAUGUUCUGGAGAAUCCAUUUAGAUCACAUGCAGAUCUUAGCCUGACGGAAGAGAAUGUGUACCUACCACCAUGUGUUAGGAUAUUUACCUCUUGCCUCAGGGAAAGAGUUUCUUUGCUAAAGAGGAUGACAAACGUGGAAAGCCUCAGAGGUUCCUUUUCAGCUGACUCUCUCCCGUGGCAGGUAAAGGAGUACCAUUCCCUGGGUGACCCUGGGACACCGGGUUCGAUGGCAGUUGCUCUGAAGGAGAGCUAAGCCGUGGGAUAUGCCAGUGCAUCACCAUCGGUGCAGUGGGUCCUGGCACAGGACACAGCCCCCAAAAGUAGACGGCAGUUUGAGUGAGAGGUGUUUGAGGGGCACAAAUGGGACAGAGCUUUCACACAGCAGAUGUGCCCACGUCUUCGUUGGGAGAGAAUCACGAUGACAUGGAGGCCUUCUUAUUUGCAAUUGAGGCACCCCAAAUAUUAUGCCCCCAAAUCCACAUCAGGCUACAAAGACCAGGCUAGUCUCCUUGACAAAAGCCAUGAAUCUCUAGCAAGACCAUUAAGCAGUUUUGAGAGAUUGACUUGAAGACCAGGGCAGAAUGAGUUGGAAAGUCAGGAGGACGGUGGCUGUGAUUCUCUGAGAAAUCUUUAUAGGAACAAGCCCAGGGGCCAGUAGGUUCAGGAUGGAAAGCUGGAAAGGACUUUUAAAGGCAGAAGAGCGUAUCUGUCUUUGCUGGCCUUAGGUUUGGGGGAGGGGUAGGCAGACACUCCCGACCACCCGAAGAGGUCCAGAGCCAUGUUUGUUCUGGAAAGCAAGGCUCCCGAGGAUUUUUGCUUAGGCUAAUCGGCAGCACUUCAGGGCAGAGUGGCCCUGGGAGGUUUGCAGGACUGUGUUUUCAAUUGGCUGAACUGUUCUGAACUUUCCCUUGACGUGAAUGAGGCCCUCUUCCUACCCCCUUUGUGUUCCAGAAUCCUUGCCGUAAACAUGGCAGGGGUUCCAUGACAGAUUGAUGGCUGGUCUCAAAAGAGUGAAGGUGGAACAUUUAGCAUGACUUCAUCGUCCUGAGACCUGCUGUUAUUUCUAGAUGUGCUCUGGUGGAGUGGGAGUCCUCCAAAGGAGGGAAGGAAAAAGGAAUGGCUAAAAGUACAGUCCAGGUGGGUGACAUUAUUCAUGCCUGUUCUACCUUCCUUUUGUGCCAGAGAUGUUCUAGAACUGAUUGGGCUGGAGAGACGGUCUCAUUAAAAAUAAGAGAAGACGUUGUUACACCUGGAACAACAUCUCUGUUAGAUCCAUGAAAGCAUUCCCUGGGCAUUCUGUGCUGAUACUGCCUGGGUUGCCCACAUUGCUUUUCAAGUAGGGAGUUGUGUUGCUGGGCUGGAAAACUGCACUGGGGUAUCCACUCUUCCACGGGUUAGUUUGAAAUGGCUAAGACAGAAGGAUCUUAGAAAUGUGCCACCAAAAUACGCAUCAUCCUUCCACCUGGGACAAAUCCGAUGGCCCGUUCCUGAAAUAUUCCAACCCGGCCACCUGGACACUAGUGCCGAAGGACUACUGAGUGUUCCUGAGAGCUCAAAGAAGGCAUUUAGCUUGUGUUAAUUUGAAACGUUUUUACUUCUUUAACCUUGGUUCUAGCUAGCUCUGUAUACUGUAUAUAAAUGUAUGCCUCUGUAUUUGCCAUGUAUACUGAAAUAAACCUUUAAAGUUAUCGCCAGGCAGAAUGAAUGGGUUCAGUUCUAAUAUGAUGGUGCAAAGCAUAUCUUCACAGUACAAGUGAAACAGACAGCUUCCCCCCUUCCCUUCUUCGGCACAGAAUUGCACCACUGAGUUGGUCUGCCACGCUGGCUCUUUUAGAAAACCACAGAGCUGACCAUUUUUGUGAGCAGGCAAACCCCAAACAAACAAACAAGCUGUUUGUUGCCAUUGUAAGGUUGACGGUUCGUUUACACCUAGGACACAGAGAGAGUCUACGACCUAGUACCGAAAACGCAUUGGUGAUGGGGGGAUAAAAGCCACAGGGUCUUCUCUGAUGAGGCCACAGGGCAUCGUGGUAAGAAAUCCACGGACUCUUAACUAACUAACUAACUCUUCCAGCAGCGAAUUAAGAGAAUGGAGUCUACAACAAUCAGAUCUCACAGGCAGGCCACCCUCCGCUCUCCGCGUCCAGCCACACUGUUUCAAGUCAAGUCAAGCACGUCUGCAUUAGGCUUGUGCCUUUUCAUAGAGGGCUCUCUGCGACGGAUCAUUUCUCAGGCUCAAAGACGAUGGCCUUGUUGAUAUUUCAUUUAGAACAUACUGCGGAGAGCAUCUCAUUUAUAUUACUUCCAUAAUUAAUGGGGAGAGCUUAGGCACUGCCUUUGCACAGACGGAUCUCGUCACAGUGGUCGAUGGGUAGAGGAGAAACAAUAGGUAUUUCAUUCACCAGCAGCGUGUCGCUAGUUAGUGGGAAAUGAUCACGUAUGCUGUUGCUUUAAUUGCCAGGGUAAAUAAUUCUGCCUCGGUGGAAGGGAACAUUUUAAAGCACUUGGUGCAAAUAGACUAGAAACAACACACACACACA